AAUAGCAUAGUCGUAGGUUUUAAAGAAGAGCCUGCACACAGGGGGAUAACUCUGUUCACGUGAUCACAAAUUUCCAAAAUCAAAAGAGAAAAAAUCAACAAUUUGAAAAGAACAAGCAGAAUUGCCACCAACUGAAGACGGGUUUAUAUAAAAGAAUACACAAGAGUUAGGAGGCAUUCCAAAGAGAAAGUAUAAAUCAAUUGAACACAUAGUAUAAGACAAGAUGGAAAGAUUACAGAGACUAUUAGGUGCUGGUGGAGGAUUAGGAGGUGGAGCGCCACCUCCAGCAGAUGGACCCGCUAUAGAUAAUGCCGAAACCGUUUAUAUAUCAUCGUUAGCACUUUUAAAAAUGUUGAAGCACGGCCGUGCCGGUGUCCCUAUGGAAGUUAUGGGGUUGAUGUUGGGAGAAUUUGUUGAUGAAUUUACUAUCCAUGUAAUUGAUGUAUUUGCCAUGCCUCAAUCCGGUACUGGUGUUUCUGUGGAGGCCGUUGAUGAUGUUUUCCAGACCAAGAUGAUGGAUAUGCUAAGACAAACUGGCCGUGAUCAAAUGGUUGUUGGAUGGUACCAUUCGCAUCCAGGGUUUGGUUGUUGGUUAUCUUCAGUUGAUGUUAAUACUCAACAAUCUUUUGAACAAUUGAAUAAAAGAGCAGUGGCCGUUGUUGUUGAUCCUAUCCAAUCGGUUAAAGGUAAGGUGGUCAUUGAUGCUUUCAGAACAAUUGAUACCACCACCUUGAUGAUGGGCCAAGAACCUCGUCAAACUACUUCUAACGUUGGUCAUCUUAAUAAACCUUCCAUUCAAGCAUUAAUCCAUGGGUUAAACCGUCAUUAUUACUCAUUAAACAUCGACUAUCAUAAAACUUCUUACGAAACUAAUAUGUUAUUGAACUUACAUAAAAAGAAUUGGCAAUCUGGAUUGAAAAUGGUUGAUUAUAACCAUAAAGAACACGAUAAUUUGAAUAAUACUCAAGACUUGGUGAGAAUUGCAAAAUUAUAUAAUGAACGUGUCACUGAAGAAAAAGAGUUGCUGGAAGACCAAUUGAAGACUAGAUACGUCGGUAAACAAGAUCCAAAGAAACAUUUGUCCGAUACCGCUGAAAAAGCUAUAGAAGAAAACGUUACGUCAUUAUUGACUGGUAAUAUCAACAGUUUAGCCAUUCAAUAAGUAGCAUAUGUAUAAAUAAAUAUCUUUUCAAAGUAAAAAACAA